AGGGCCUCUUAGGAGCUUCUCCAUUCUGCUAGAUCUCAGAACCAUCCAAGGCAAGACUGGCACCCAGCACGGCAGGGACUCGUCACACACCGAUCCCAAGCACCAUGGAGUCCUUCAGCUCCAAGAGUCUGGCACUCCAAGCGGAGAAGAAGCUGCUGAGUAAGAUGGCUGGGCGGUCCGUGGCGCAUCUCUUCAUCGACGAGACCAGCAGCGAGGUACUGGACGAGCUUUACCGCGUGUCCAAAGAAUACACGCGCAGCCGGCCCAAGGCGCAGCGGGUGAUCAAAGACCUCGUCAAGGUGGCCGUCAAGGUGGCCGUGCUGCACCGCAGUGGCUGCUUUGGCCCUGGGGAGCUGGCUCUGGCUACACGAUUUCGCCAGAAGCUACGGCAGGGCGCGAUGACGGCACUUAGCUUCGGGGAGGUGGACUUCACCUUCGAGGCUGCCGUGCUCGCAGGCCUGCUCGCCGAGUGCCGGGACAUUCUGCUGGAGCUGGUGGAGCCCCACCUCACACCCAAGUCACACGACCGCAUCAGACACGUGUUUGAUCACUACUCUGACCCCGACCUGCUCGCUGCCCUCUACGGGCCUGACUUCUCUCAGCACCUUGGCAAGAUCUGUGAUGGGCUCCGGAAGCUGCUCGACGAGGGGAGGCUCUGAGGCCCCGGAGCUCAGCACACUGGACUUAGCAAAAUGACUGACCGGGAAAUGACACAUCGGGCGUUCUAACCCCACACAAACGCUUCUCAAUCCCCUGGCUUCAGUCUCUCCCGAGAGAGCUCUUGACACCGAGGCCGCCCACACUCCAAACUGCUGCUGGUCAGAGCUGAGAGGCGGCUGUCCCAGCCAGUUCAAGGAAACAGCUGACUGAAGAAGAAGUGAAACUCGAUCCACUUCUCCCAGGAGGGCUGCCCACAACAGGGGACCCUCUUCCUCCACAAACCCAAGGAAGGGGACACUAAAGGCCAGACGCAGGGAGGUGGCCAUCAGGGGCCUCCUGGGUCUCUUAGAGUUGGAGGCAGCACUUGGACACAUACAAACACUGUGUUCCAGAGCUUUUAGAAGGAGUUGGGGGAAGGGAGGCACAGGGGAAAUAAAACCACUAAAACAUG